AUGUUGUCUUGUAUUUGCUACCUUCUCCCUAUUCUUGCGUCAAUAAUACGCAAAUUGCUUGUCUGUCUGCUUUACUUUGUCGAACUUCAAAAGAGAGGUCGACCCACCGCGUUGCCCUUCACCAAGCUUCAGCCAAGACAACUCACCUGUCUGCACCUCCUUCAAAAAGUCAAUUUUUCCAACUUGUCGGCUGGUUGCACUCAUAUCAUGGCAUCAAGAAGUUCGGAACCAAGAGGCCUGAACUGCCUCCCUGUUGAGAUUUGGCUCAUGAUUUAUCGUUCUAUAUGGAAACCAGCAUCGGUCGGCUUCGACCCACACGGGUCGAGAAGGGCAACCGAUCGCAGGUACGGAGGAGAAUCACCCGUUACCCUCAGCAUCAACAUUGAAGCACGGAAGGAGACUUUGAGAUAUUAUCAGGCAUUCUCGUACCUAUACAGUGGCGAUCUUGGCUUCCCAAGACUUUUUCAAGGCUGGAUCAACCCAUACAUUGACACUCUGCAUAUCACCAGGAUUGCAGUCACGUUCAUGAAGUCAUUGCAGUUCCAUACUCUCCGGGAACCCCUCCUUUUGGUCAUCGUUGAACCUCCAGACUAUCCUACCACAGGCAUGUAUCUGUCCACUUUCGAGGGCCUUCGUUCAAGAUGUUACCCCGAGCUCUCCUCACUUGUCAAGGUGAUGGACUUCCUGACUACACAGGGACGGUACCGUGUCUGCAGGACGACCAUCGAACAGACACUUGCCCUUAUCAAGUGGGAAAACGCCGGGUUUCAAGCAGCCAUCGGGGGCCACCGUGAAGAAACCCGGACAUCCCGCCUGCACCCUGACGAUGUCGACAUCAACGGCAUCUGUCGGACUUGGGAAUGGCAGUAUGACCCCUCGUCCAGCCAUCUGAUUACAAGCCCACGGUCAUCCACUAUAUCUCCAGAAGAUGCAGCCUACCUACCAAAUCCCAACCUCCAAUCGAACCUGCGUCUUCCCGCGGCGGUAUCCCACUUUUUUGACGGCCAUGCCUCAGACCAUUUCAGACAACACUGUGUAGUGGUUUUUGACAAUGACCCUCCCACAUCGAUUCAACACAACAAAGAAGAACGGUGGGCAUUUAUCAAGGUUAUUCCUUGGUUGAAGGAAUUUUCGCAUGAGGAAGUGGUCAAUUUGGCGUUUGAUAACAUGUUCCAUUUCAGACCCGUGGAUGGAAGCCCACCGCCGGGUCAGAGUGGCUCAUUCGAGGAGGCCAUAGACAUGUUUCAGCCCCCUCCCUCAAGGUUUGGGCCAGUUAGACGUGGACAGUUCCCCGCUAGCGGUAAGGUGGUACAUGGGGUUUGCGCACCUGACUUUUGCUUUCCACCUGGGGAAGCCGGACGGGAACUGGAAGAUGAUGAGGGGAUGGAAGACUGUCACUUUGAGAAGAACAUGAGUUACUUUCAGGGCCGGGACGGGUUCGUACACACGGUAGAGGGGAUGUGGCAUGAGGUUUUGAAGGAGGACGAAGAGUAG